AAAAACAAACGUCAAAAUGUUGUUGUGGCCCAGUUUGUAAGGUUAUUAAACGAAACGAAACGAAGGAGCGGAGCUUGGAGAGUAUUGUGCGUUUAUUUUGUGUAAAAAUAGCAACCACCCAUUCCCAACCAUGUCGGACGCUGAGAUGAAGGAGCCCAAAGACGAGAUAAUUGAAAUCGACGCGCUGGACGAAAGUGCCGACACGGAAGAUGAUUCGUCCGAAGGUACCAACACGGAGGACGAAGAUACGGAGGAUGACGAUAACGAUGAGUCGAUUGAAUCGAAACACAUAAAGGAGUACAUCGAGAUUCUUACCAAAAUCGCUGGCGACAAGUACAACUACGACAACUACGCUGAGCUGCUGGAAGUUGCGCACCAAAUGAAUGACCUGGAUAAGAUUCGCCAAAGUGCUGAAAUAUUUGCCGCAAUGUACCCAUUGUCGCCCGAGAUUUGGCUGCGGUGGCUGAAAAUUGAAUCUUCCCUCGCGGCGACCGACGAAGAGGUGGAGAAGGUGGAAAAACUGUUCCAACGCGCGCUGAGCGAUUACUACUCGGCCGAGGUAGCGUUAGAGUUUGCCGCGUUGGCAAUGAAAACGGACAGCAAAGCGAUUGCGGAGCGAAUUUGGAAAACACUAAUCCCGACCUACGGUUUGCACACGAUGAAGGGACGUUCCAUCUUUGAAGCGUACCGAGAGGAUACAUUGACAAAAGAUGGAGACUCUCCCGCCAGCUUCAAUCGAUUGGCACGAAUCUAUGAGCAGGAGUUGAAGAUACCGCUCCGCAACAUGGAGGACUCAUACAUCGAGUAUAAGCUACUGUGCGAGAAGUACAAAGAUGUGCUGACCGAUCUGGACGCGGAAAAAUUUGAACGACGGUACAAACAGGCCAAGGAAGCGCUGCAGCGCAUGCUUCCCCACGAAACAGCGCUCGCCGCGCUGGAAGCGCACUGCCACCAGGAGAGGGCGGAUCUGUACCGAAAGUAUAUCGCCGAUUGCCAAACGCUGCUCGACGACGACGAGGUGCAAAUACUGUACGAGCGUAUGGUCACCGAAUGUUGCCUGGAUGGGGCAGUCUGGCACGAGUAUGUGCGCUAUCUGCACCGCUGCCCGCCGGACGCGGAGGAUAAUACGGCCUCACCGGUGUUUCGCCAAACCGAACUCGACCUGGUCAACAGAGCGCUGCGCAACUGUACGUGGAGCGCCGAGCUGUACGUGGAGAAGAUGCGCAUCGUUGAGCGGCAGGCGACGCCAACCUCCAAGAUGACCAUCCUGAAGAUCAUGGAGGAUGUAGCGUCCGCUGGGCUGCAGACGCCGGAAGCGUCGGUGAAGGUGUGGCUCGAGUACUUGACGUACUUACGGCGCGUGACUGACUUUGCCAGCGAAAAGGAGCGCGACAUAUUGCGCGCCAACUUUGACCUUGCCUGGAACCAGCUGGGCCGGACGUGGGGCGUGUUGGCCGAUCCACAGUGCAAGAUUUUGCAAUAUUGGGGCCGGCUUGAGUACGAAGCGCUGGGCGAACCGAACAAAGGGCGCGACCUCUGGUACAGUGUGAUGGCCAGCUCCGAUAAUUCGUCCCGUGUCGGACUGUGGAUUGAGUUUAUCGAAAUGGAGGCAAAACGAGGCCCCGAAGCAGCGCGUAAACUGUACCGCAAAUCCAUUACCACCGCUGGGCUGGAUGAUCCCGAAACGCUGGCUGCCGCUUGGUUGCGAUUCGAGCGGUGCAACGGUACGCUAGAGCAGCUGAUAAGCUGUCAGGAGCUGUGCAAUGCUACGAUCGAGAAGUACUACAAGACCAUUUCCAAAAAUGGUCCGUCAAAUCGUGCAACGAAGGGCAAACGUCCAGAAGCGAUGGGAACAACCGCACACAAAGAUUCUGACGCAUCGGCCGCGAAAAGACAGGCCUCUUCCAUGGACGGAGCCGGCGGUUCACCACCGGGGAAGAAAAAAGUGAAACGAACCAACGAUAAUCUGUCCGAUACGGUGGGAGAACGGCGGGAAGAGUUUAAAACACCGGCCAUUCCACCCCUCCAUAGCAGCUCCAAAAAUCAUGACCUCAGCAAACAGGAGCCAUCCAAACCGCAAACCGUAAUCGACAUCGAUAGCGAAAGCGACGCGAAAGCUGGCGGCGACCAAAGCCGACAGGUGUUCGUCAGCAAUCUUAGCUUUGAGGUAACGGAAACAGAUAUCCGCGAGAUUUUCCCCGACCUAGCGAUCGAAUCGAUAGAACUGGUCGCCUCGAGUUCGGGCAAAAGCCGUGGCUUCGGCUAUAUGCAGCUGGCCAGCGCAGAAGAAGUCCCGAAAGCGCUCAGCUUCGACCGACGUCCACUGAACGGUCGGCCGGUAUUCAUUUCGAAUGUAGCACGCGACAAGACAACUCGUCCACAUCAGUUCAAGUACUCGUCGUCGUUCGAACCAAACAAAUUGUUCAUCAAAGGGCUACCGUUCAAUUUGGGGCAAGAGGAACUGCGGCGGUUGUUUGAGCCGUUCGGGUCGAUCAAGGACAUACGCAUCGUGUGCUUCCGGAGUGGCAAAUCGAAGGGCCUAGCGUACCUGGAGUACGAAACGGAAACGUCCGCCAAAAAUGCUGUCCUGAAGAUGGAUCAGCACGUGAUUGAUGGUUUCACGAUCACUGUCGCCAUCUCGUCACCGCCGCCCAAGAAGAAUCCAACCGCAACGGAACCAACCCUAUCUGUGGGGGAUAGUGGCGGCUCCAGCUCUAGCUUGGGCUCCGGGAAGAAGCUGCUGGGCAAAUGGGACGUAAAACAGAAACUAUCGCCAAUGAUUCCAACCGCUGUCUUGAAGAGAAGCGCAGCGGCAGCCUCGGAGGAGAAGCCGAAAUCGAAUGACGAUUUUCGUAAACUAUUGCUUAAGUAACUAGCUCAUGUGUAGGAUAGUGCUGGCUAACACAAUUCGUGUUUCCAUAAAUAUUCUCUAUAAUUUGGCUGUAUUGCCAUCUUUGAUGGAAAGCAACGCUUGUUUGCUUUCAUUUUCACUAGUAAGAAAAUUCGUACAUGUUUUCCUUAUCUGUUUCAAGUACUUAUACUCUCUUCCCAAGCACAUUUUCUCAUAUUUAACGAUCGAUUCUUUCAAACAACAACUCUCAUAGAUACGAAUCCACAUAUACCAGUUACUUUUCCCGCUCUUUUUUGUAUUGAAAAAUUUUAAUUGCUUUUCCUUUAAUGUAACACGUGCGCCGUCACGCACACCAGACGUACCAAGUGUUUGGAAAUAAAUCUGCUUGUGAACAACAGCCCCUUGCCCAUCCACGGGUCAUGGAUCAGAA